AUGAUUUUUGAUGAUGAAAACACGAUUUACAAAGCUAUCAUGAAUGAUGACAAAGAGUCAUUUAUAGCGUUCACAGAAAAGAAAGAAUUUGAUAAAAAUCAAUGCAUUGAAAGUGAACUUUAUCCAGAAUCAGAAGAAGGAUAUUCAUUCCUUGAAUUAUGUUGUUACCAUGGAGCUGUUGAUUGCUUUAAGUUUUUAAGAACAAAAUUCAACGCAUUAAUUACAGAAAGAUGUCUUAGUCUUUCAUUUUUAGGAGGAAAUCCUGAUAUUAUGAGUGAAUGUUUGAAAAUGCAAAAACCAUUUCAAAAAUGCAUGGAAUAUGCAAUAAUUUCCCACAACAUUGAUUUCGUUACUUUCUUGAUGAAUGAAUACAAGCUGAAUAUUAAUCUUGAAUGUUGUUAUCAAUAUAAUAACCUUGAAGUCUUUUUAAUUUAUUUAGAUCAGACAAAGAAUUUUAAUACAUGUUUGAUUUCUUCACCAUGUUUUCAUAUCCCUUCUCUUUGCGAAUAUCUUAUCUCACAAAAGGCAGAUGUUAAUGCAAAAAAUGAACAAGGAAAAACACCACUUCAUUGUGCAGUCGAAUGUAGUGAUAAAGUAAUUGCAAAGCUCCUUAUUUCACAUGGUGCUGAUGUGAAUUCAAAUAAAUAUAUUUUUGGAGCACCACUUCGUUAUGCUAUUUAUUACAAGGAUAAGGAGAUGGUAGAGUUCCUACUUUCCAAUGGAGCAGAUCCCAAACAAAAAGAUUUAGAAUCAGAAAGUUUACUUCAAUGUGCAAUAAAUCGAAAUCAAAAAGAAAUUGUCGAACUUUUUAUUGCAAAAGGUGUUAACAUCAAUGAAAUAUAUGCAUCUGGAGAAACUGCUCUCCAUAUUGCCGCUGCAUCUAAUAAUAAAGAAAUAACAGAACUUCUUAUUGCUCAUGGUGUUAAUAUCUAUGCAAAAGAUAAAAAUGGAGAAACUCCUCUUCAAAUUGCCGAGGAAAGAAAUAACGAAGAGGUUGCUCUACUUCUUAAGUUACACAUCAAGGCAUAA